AUGGCGAGCGAGGACGGUCCACGCACGUGGGACGGCUCGACGCCGCCCGUGAUCGUGAAUAACGUUCCCGGAACGUGGGCGCACGACACCGUGAGCAGGCGCUUGCGAGAAGAUAUCCUAGCCCGUGUUUUUAGGGAUAACGCGUCGGUGAUCGAGGGAGAGGCGGAGAUAAAUCUUCGGCAGCUGGAGGAUGAGCUCAGGACGGCGUCGACGAGCGUCAUCAAACACAUCGCGGAUGACGGCGGCCCGGACUGCGAGACGUGGCGAGAGCUCUUAGAACCGUGGGUAGGAAUAUCUUGGCUCGACGCGCCGUGGUUGAUCGUCGAGUUUUACUUCUACAGACGCAUCCUGAGCGCCAUCGGUUAUUUCGACGAGAGCUCGCCGACGUUCUUGCACGACCCAUUCGCAGUGGAUAAGAUGAACGGAUUGCGAGCUGGGAUGCCCGCGGCGAAGGCGCUGGCGAAGAAAGCAAAUGCGUUCGCGAAACGGGCGAAGGGGCGCUCGGACCGAGCCGAUCUCGCUGACGAGCUCAGACUGUUCGUCAUGGUUGCGUUGUGGGGAAACAGGAUGGACCUUUCAAUAUGGCCCGAGUCCGACGAAGGUGGGAAUCGCGCCAGUGAGGCGUUCACUGAGGCGCUUCAGGCGGGAGAGAAGUAUCUUCUCUGGGAUGACAGCAAGGUUGUGGCCUCGGCACUCGCUGAGGGAAUGCGAGACGUAUCCAUUGUCGUCGAUAACGCCGGAUUUGAGCUUACGUGCGACUUGGCUCUGGCUGACGCGCUGGUCGUGAGUGGAGUUGGGAGAGUUAUUCUGCGCGUCAAGGCGCAUCCCGUGUUCGUCUCGGAUGCGAUGGAUAAGGACUGCAGAGACACUAUCGAUGCCAUGAUUGAUAGCGCCGACGAUGAAACUGCCGCAAUGGGAAGGCGCUGGGCGUCACAUCUAGCCUCCGGAAAGUGGGCAAUCGUGCCAGAUUUCGCGUGGUGCCAGCCGCAGCCGUUUUGGGCGCUCCCUAAGGACACACGAGAUGAAUUGAAAUCGUCAGACUUAGUCGUAAUCAAGGGAGACGCCAACUACCGGCGACUUCUGAAUGAUUGCUUGUGGGAACUGAGCACACCUUUCGCUGAUGUCUCUUCUUAUUUUCCCGCCCCGCUCUUGGCUCUUCGCUCACUCAAAGCCGAGCUCGGAUGCGGUAUUCCCAUGGACCGUCUAGCGGCGGUGGAAAACGAAAAGGAUUGGAUGGUGACGGGAAAAUACGGCGUGGUUCAAUACAAUGCUCGUCCGGCGAGACAAUAUCGCGUUUCGUCUCAGAUUGACGGCUGCAAGACGUUCGCCGGUCGCGACCUCCCACCAGUUGAGCGGCUUUCUCUCAAGAAGGUUUUAGUAGCGCUUGCGAAUGCGAGCGAGGAGCUCGCCGAUGCGCUCGCAGUGGCUCCGAUGCGUAGCUCGACACUUCUCGGGUCUGUGGGAGGCGCGAAAAACGCGUCUGGAGACUCGCAGCAGAAGCUUGAUGUCGUUGCGAACGACAUCUUCAAGCAACAUCUCGCAGAGUGCGGUGGGGUUCGAUAUUACGCCAGCGAAGAAGAGGCGACGCCAGCUUGUUUAAAUGAAAGUGGUAAGUUUGUCGUGUGCAUCGACCCACUCGAUGGUUCGAGGAAUAUCGCAUGCAAUGUUCCCGUGGGCUCCAUCUUCGGCGUGUACCGCGUUCGCGAGGACGAGGAUGCCGUGACGAACGCAACGCAGGCUGGAUCGGAACAAGUAGCUGCGGGGUAUGCGCAUUACAGCGGCGCGACGACCCUAGUGCUCGCGUGUGGAGACGACGGGCCGGCGAUCGAGUACACGCUUCACGAAGGAAAUUUUGAAGUAGCGAACGCGCGAAUGUCGUGCCCACCGAGAGGACAAGUGUACUCGCUCAACGACGCAAGAUUCGAUGAUUGGCCUGAGGGUCUGAAGGAGUACGUUACCGAUGUUCGAAACGGUCGCGGCGACACGAAGAAGCAAUACUCAGCAAGAUAUAUCUGCUCACUCGUCGGGGACUUCCAUCGAACGUUGAUUUACGGUGGCUGGGCCGGAAAUCCGCGCCCGCAUCUUCGCGUCGUGUACGAAGCUGCGCCGCUCGCUUUCGUCGCUCGCGCCGCCGGCGCGGCAUCCUCGGACGGUCUCGUCGAUGUGCUCACAAAGAAGCCCGCGGAACUGCACGAACGCUCACCUCUUUUCCUCGGCUCGACGGAGGACAUCGCCGAACUCGUGCGUCGCGGAGACGUGCGACAAGACGAUUCCAAAACGUACGCCGUGUAA